CAGUUCUCUAAUAUAUCACAACUAGAAAAAUGUUAAUUAAUAUGGCCUUUAUUGAACGCAUCUGCCUCGUAGCAGUAUUAUUAGCAACAGUGGAGAGCUCGCCUGCAGCGAUUGAUGGACCUGUACAAAUAAUUAAGUACGCAUACAGUAACAACGGCUUGGGAACUUACAGUUUCGAAUUCGUAGCAUCAGACGGUACCUAUAGAAAAGAAGAGGCUGGUAUCAUUAAUGAAGCAGGAACAAAUACUCUUACGAUUCGUGGUGAAUACGGAUAUCUGGUUCCUUCAGGGAAAUAUCACAGCGUUAGAUAUAUAGCUGAUGCUAACGGUUUUAAGCCGGAGAUACAUGACGAUGAUACUAGAUUUAAUGAUAGGAGAAUAAUUUAAUAAUUUAAAUUACAAAAUGAAACUUAUAAUUAUUAUAACUUCUAUUAGAAAUUUAUUAAAAAAA